CACGAUGCAGCGGGCAGCGAGCGUGGCGGCCCAUCUGGGCUUCCGUGGGCAGGCGCCCCACCGGGUGACGGGCCGUGGGCUCAGCAGCACUCAGGACGCGCUCCGCCGGACGCCGCUCUAUGACUUCCAUCUCGCCCACGGUGGGAAGCUGGUGGCCUUCGCGGGCUGGCAGCUGCCGGUGCAGUACCGGGACAGCCACGUCCACUCCCACCUGCACACCCGCCGCCACUGCUCGCUCUUUGAUGUGUCCCACAUGCUGCAGACCAAGAUACAUGGUCGUGACCGGGUGAAGCUGAUGGAGAGUCUGGUGGUGGGAGAUAUUGCAGAGCUGAGGCCUAACCAGGGGACCCUGUCGCUGUUCACCAACGAGGCCGGGGGCAUCUUGGAUGACUUGAUUGUGACCAACACCUCGGAGGGACACCUGUAUGUGGUGUCCAACGCUGGCUGCCGGGACAAGGACCUGGCCCUCAUGCAGGACAAGGUCAGGGAGCUGCAGAGCAGGGGCAGCGACGUGGGCCUGGAGGUGGUGGACAAUGCCCUGCUCGCCCUGCAAGGCCCCACUGCGGCCCAGGUGCUCCAGGCCGGCGUGGCGGACGACCUGAGGAAGCUGCCCUUCAUGACCAGUGCCGUGAUGGAGGUGUUUGGCGUGCCCAGCUGCCGCGUGACCCGCUGUGGCUACACAGGAGAGGAUGGUGUGGAGAUCUCAGUGCCAGUGGCGGGGGCGGUCCGCCUGGCCACAGCUCUGCUGGGAAACCCCGAGGUGAAGCUGGCAGGGCUGGCGGCCCGGGACAGCCUGCGCCUGGAGGCGGGCCUCUGCCUCUACGGGAGCGACAUCGAUGAGCACACCACGCCCGUGGAAGGCAGCCUCGGCUGGACGUUGGGGCGGCGGCGCCGGGCUGCCAUGGACUUUCCUGGGGCCGCAGUCAUCGUUCCUCAGCUGAAGGGCAAGGUGCAGCGGAGGCGCGUGGGGCUGACGUGCGAGGGGGCCCCGAUGCGGCCACACAGCCCCAUCCUGAGCGCGGAGGGCACUGUGAUUGGCGCCGUGACCAGCGGCUGCCCCUCGCCCUGCCUGAAGAAGAACGUGGCCAUGGGCUACGUGCCCCCUGAGUACAGCCAGCCGGGCACCCUGCUCCUGGUGGAGGUGCGGCGGAAGCAGCAGGUGGCUGUGGUCAGCAAGAUGCCCUUCGUGCCCACAAACUACUACACCCUGAAGUGAGGAUGGCUGGGGGCUGGGGGCGGGGCCCUCCCCUGGAGGGCAUUCUACAAGGGCUAGUCAGGAAGCUGAGGCAGGACACGUUGGUAGGUGGCAAGGGUGUAGGCUGGUUCUGGUUGUCUGGUUGUGGGCGGGACACACCACCUAUACCCCCUCACCCUGUGCCACUUCAAUUUCAAGACCGAUUUCUUAGUGAUGGACCAGCUCACCAAAGUCUUGUUUCUGCCCACGCUCCUGCGGGCCCAUGCUUGCCUGCUGAGGGCUGAGAAGCAUCAGUCCCCGCAUUUCCUCUCUGCCGGGUGCUGCCUGUGCCUCAAAGGCUCACCUUUAGGAGGAUCGAGCUGCCCAGCCUACCUCACAGGGUUCUCACACUUCCAAGGGCAUGACCUUGGGCAGUGCCAGCCACCUCCUCUGGUUUACUUCCCAUGAAUGCAAACCGCUGCCUCUCCCUGGGCAGCACUGAUUCCUGACUCGGAGGCUUAACUCAGGAGGGCUGCUGCGCCCGUGUGCAAACUCGGGGAUGGCUGAGGGGCACAAGUUGGCCCAGCCUGCUGCCCAGCAGCAAGCCGGCCAGGCUCACCUCUGUUCUGAGCCCAGGGCUGCUGUAGGGCAGGCUGGGCCUCCUCCUCGGCUUGCCUUCCCCUGGCCUGACCUGUGCCCCUGUGGCCUGUUACUGGACGCCACUGACUCCUAAAAAAUAAACGAGCUUCCUUCUUGCCAGA